UUCACGGUGUGGGGGUACAGAUGGCCAGAAGCCGUGUUCCACGUUAGCGCGCGCAUUACUCUGAUGUGGAUAACUGUGGCACGUGCUGUCCACCUUGCAUGGAGAACAAACUGCACGCUCUUCAUCAACAACGACUACGAAAGCUGUUUUACAUUUCGCGCUUUUAAGGUUACGGUUUAACCGAAAAACACGGACUUGGACUGAUUGACACAUUUGUGGGAUGACGGAAAUUAACGAGAUGGAGAAUGACUCGCAACUCCAGCUCUAUCCGAGCACUAUACUAUCCAUUCAGCCGGUAUCCACAAAGCUCCAGAGACUGAAACGCUCCUUGUCCUUCAAGACAAUCAUGCGCAGCAAGAGCGUGGAGAACUUCUUCCAGAGGUCGAACAGCGACGCCCGCCUGCCGCCAGACUUCAUCACCGAAGCGCCGUCGCCUCCACCCUACUCCCCGGCUCCGCCGCGACGGCCCGCCUCCCCGGUCGCCCGCGACCGCUCGCCGUCCCUCUCGCCAUCGUUAAGCCCAAACCCCUCCCUGUGCUCCCACUCCCCCUCCCUCAGCCCGUCGUCGUCCAGCGGGGCCAGGGCCCCGGGGCCACAGAUAACCCACUCCUUCCAGGAGCAUGUGUUUCGCAAGCCCACCAGCUGCCAGCACUGCAAGCAAAUGAUUGUGGGUAACUCCAAACAAGCCCUUCGCUGCAGGACCUGCAAGAUCGCAGCUCACCUGUGGUGCACAUCGGAAUUAUCUCAGCAGCUGUGUCAUGGAAAGUCUGGAGCGUUCAAGCGAAACUUCACGUCGCCCAUGCUCAUCAACGACCAACUGGCUAUCGUCAAGGAGGCCCAGCCGAGCCAAGAGGCUGGGCGUGCACGUCUAGAUCCUGUGUAUGCCGCUUUACGCUACGGGACAUCGCUGGCACAGAUGAGCCGCCCAAGUUUUGGCAGCAUGUCAGAGUCACCCACCCGCAGCCUGGGGGAAGGAGGAGGUGAGGAGAGGGAACAGAGACAGUACAGUAUGGAGGAAGAACUGACACAGGAGACCGGGGACUCAGCUCUUCCUGAUAUAGACCCUGGGGAGGAGGAGAUCAUAGAGAGUGGACAAGCAGAAACACCAGCCGAAGAUAUUAGUGUAAAGGUGCCCAAGGUCCAUUCUGUUCACACCUACGUCGCCCUCUACAGGUUCAUGCCCCAGGAGCCGAACGACCUAGAACUAAACCCUGGUGAUCGGGUGCAGGUCACAGAUGAUUCUAAUGAGGAGUGGUGGAAGGGCAAGAGCGGAGACAAGGUGGGGUUCUUCCCCACUAACUUCGUCCAAAGGGUUCGGCCGGGGGAGAGGGUGUGGAGGGUGACCCAGAGUAUCCAUGGUAACAGAGAGAGGGGCCACAUGCCCGUGAAAGAAGACCAGAUUUGUGUGGGGAAGCAGGAGGACAGUGAAGGGUACAUGAGGCUCAGCAGUGGGAAGAAGCGGGGGCUGGUCCCAGCGGAAUCCAUUGAGGAGAUCUAAGGCUCUUCUCUCUCUCUCUCUCUCUCUGUCUCUCUCUCUCUCUCUCUCUCUCUCUCUCUCUCUCUCUCUCUCUCUCUCUCUCUCUCUCUCUGUCUCUCACUGUCUCUCUCUCUCUCUCUCUCUGUGUCUCUCUCUCUCCCUCUCUCUCUGUCUCUCUCUCUCUCUCUCUUUCUCUCUCUCUCUCUCUCUCUCUGUCAUUUUCCUUACCUCUGUGAUCAGUCCCUACCACGUCAACAACGCAUCGAGUAGCACGUUUCUGCAUGUUUAUUUACUUUUUAAUUUAGGCGUAAGCAGUUUUAUUUUGUGCAACUGCCCAAUGCAGAGGAACUCUCUCCAUGGUGAAAGGUCGCAAGCGUCAAUAGCAGUUUCUAGACUUACAACAACGCUUAAAUGUUUAAACAACAUUACCGGAAGCUUCCGGUACUGUAUCUCUCUCUCUCUCACUCACUCUCUGUCUCUCUGUUCCUCUCUCUCUAUCUCUCUACCUUUCUAUCUGUACAUCUCUAUCUCACCCUCUCUCUACCUCCCUCGCUCUCUCUUUGUCUCCCUUUGUCUCUUCCUCUCUCUCGUUCUCUCUCUCCAUUUCUCUCUUGCUCUCUCUCGCAGUCUCUCUGGCUCUGUCUCUCUUUUCUUUUUAUGUUUUGCUCCCAGAAAGCACUCUGUGUCUCUUUCAUAUCCUCUCUCUCUCUCUCUCUCUCUCUCUCUCUCUCUCUCUCUCUCUCUCUCUCUCUCUCUCUCUCUCUCUCUCUCUCUCUCUCUCUCUCUCUCUCUCUCUCUCUCUCUCUCUCUCUCUCUCUCUCUCUCUCUCUCUUCCGCUCUCUUAGUGUGAUGUGAGUGGAAUAACAACUUGGCUGUUGAUGACUUUAAUAUCCCUCCCCCUCCCCCCCACCUAAGCAGAGGUGGCAGCCUUUUUAAUACUGUUCAGACUUGUCAGGGGACACUUUAUUCAUGAUGUCCUUGUAUUCUCAGACGAUUCUGCUCAGCUUUCACCACAACCUCCCUACCCCCCACGUCACAAUAUCUGAGACACAGCAGUAACACCAGGGAUGCUUUCAACCACUUUUUCCAAGAGAUAUGAGCAAGCUGGACAGAGAGAGAAAUAGAGACGAUAGUACACCUUGAUCUAUCCGCUUAGGACAGACACAGACACACUGGCCAUGAACAAUGGAACAAUUUCUUGCUCUUCUUCUUUGGUUCUGUGUCUGAAUCACCACAUCCCACUACUUUGACAGUAUAGUAGAGUAAUAUACAGAGGUGGUUGCAACCCAUCUUUGGCAAAGAGAAGGCUCUUUGGCAAACAGGGAAGGUGAGUGGAGUUAGAAUCAACCUGGCCUGUCCCCGAGGACACUCGGGGAGAGAGUGUCAGUGGAAUCUAAAUGUGGAGCGGAACGACUGGUGAUAGCAAGUUUUGUUUUGCUUCGUCUCAAUAAGUGUAGGGUUCUGGGGUCUGCCAGAUGCUUUUAAGAGGUGGGCUUAGCAAAGGGCCCUGCCACUGAGCACAACCAGAGACGAUAAUGUAGCAGAGGCAGUUGGCACUUUGUUUUUUUUAUCAUGCAGCGGUUAGCAAUUCAUCGCGUGGUGGAAUUUAAACAGUGGCCGGGAAGAAAUACAUAAACAUGCCGGAGAUCUUCUGGGGCCUGACGAAGGCCCCAGGUUCCACUGAACAGGCCUGAGGAGGACAUUCGCAAGGAGGGAGAAGGGAGAGACAGCAUUGUGUUGAAACAUUGUGAAUUGAUGUGCGUGCAUGCAGGUAGUGUUUUCCACCCCCCCCCAAAUAUGUUAUUGAUCAAAUGUCAAGCUGUCAAGUCCUUCCGUUCUGACUGGCCCUCCCUUUUCUUCUGGAACGGACAAGUUCUUGGUAAUUUGCCAGGAAUUCUGACGGUGAAUUCAACUCAAAAAUGUUGUAACCUGACCUAAAUAAAACUUUUUAAGUCACA